CCCUUCAUUGUCCUAUGGCCACGUCAAAAGAGAGACGGAGACAAUUGUCCCGCACAACAAGUAUUCAAAUGUGAUAUCCCGUGGCUGAACGGACACUCUUGAAGGGGGUAAUCACACCUCGGCCCGCUACAAAACACAUUUUUAUGCGAAGAAUGAAAUUGCGUACAGCUCAUAAUUCAAGCUGAGUCAAUCUUUGAGCGCAUUCUUAUUUUUCUUUCCUUCCUUUGUACCACCAAGAGAGUCCUUCACGAUGUCUUCUCGUUUCGUGAUCGAUCUGACGCUGGACAGCAGUGAUAACGAAGAUGCAGGUGAGGCAUCCAGUACGAUUCCAAACACUCCUUCUUUGGUACGCUCGCCAACUGAGUCACCAAGAAAGAUCAAAAUUGCAAUGACUGCGCAAAAGUUGACUGCAUGCGAAGAAGAGCUUGCAUCUCAAACAGAGCGAAUUGCAAGUAUGGAACUGACCAAAGAAAGUAAAAGCCCCGAGAGAAGCAAACUUGAUCUGUCUUCGCCUGAAGUUUUGGCACUUUCACCCUUUCGAAACGUAAAAAGAUUGCCGGAUAUUAUCUACGCGGAGCAGAAAAUUGGAUUGAAUAAGGCCACUCAUCGCGUGAUUAUGGAAGCAGACAUCCAGUACAAUUCACCUGGAUCGCCAGACAUUUUGAUCGAAAAUGAAGUUGACAAACAAUGGGCACCUCCCUACAACUUCAUUUAUAUCAAUGACUAUCUUCUGGAUACAAACAUGAGACCGGACCACACGCAAAAGAAUGAUUACCUCACGGUCAAAAAAGGUUGCAGUUGCAGGGAUGGCUUUUGUGAUGCGAAAACAUGUGACUGUCGCAAAAUUCACUCGAAGCUUGCGCCGGAUUACUAUCAAAAUUUUCCUCAAGAUCAAUUUGCAUACAAAUCAGACGGUCUAUUGCACAAAGAGAUAUUGGAACAAGAGGAUACGCCGAUUUGGGAAUGCAACAAGGACUGUACCUGCGCUGGCGAUUGUGAAAACUAUGUUGUCAGUAAGAAAAGAAAAGUCGGUCUCACAAUCUUCAAACACGCAAAGAAAGGAUGGUGCGUCAAAUUGGCAGAAGAUGUCAAAGCGGGUCAAUUCAUUGAGACAUAUACUGGAGAAUUGAUCACUGCGGCAGAUGCGAACAAACGCAAUCUGGUGUACUCAAAGCUGAACAAUACCUACGUCAUGGACCUCACACCUUUUCAUGUCAAGUGGCACGUUCAUGCUAUGCCAUAUUUGCGAAAGACCGGUCAAACCAAAGAUCAGUACGUGGAAAAGAAGCUCCGAGAGAGAAAUUUCAAAGGUACGAUAGAGGAAAGACUCAAUGAACGAUCAAAUAUUCUGGAUGAAUUGGUUGAAGAAGAAGAGAAAAAGUGCGAAGAUGACAAAUUGUUGUCGAUCGAUGGUACGCUGUUUGGCAAUGUUACUCGAUACUUGGCCCAUUCUUGCGAGCCCAAUUUGGUUCGCCACAUGGUAUACACGUACGAACGUGACAUUCGUCGUCCACUUGUGGCCUACUUUGCCAGUAAAGAUAUCAAAGCAGGUGAAGAGAUCACAAUGCAUUAUGAGGGAUUGUCCGAUCAUAACUUUGAAGGACCACAUUCGGCACAAAUGUCUGAAUUUGUUGAAAGAUUGGAGAACAUGAAGUGUUACUGUGGUACGCCAUCAUGCUCCCAACUCGUGUUUGGUGGAAGGCGUGAACAAGCAGCAAAAACUCGCAUGUGAUCAAUAGAAUUGUAGAAGAAGUAGAUUGUAAAUAACACCCGCAUUGUACAAAAUUUCAUGUUUUUCCCAUUUUGUACUUUGUUCACUGUUUUGUCUUCAUUCUCCCAUCACUGAUCGCAGCAGACCGACUUAUGACAACAGAAUCCUACAAAUUAGCAGCUGGUGCAGAUCUUCUUAUUUUUG